AACAGCGAAAGGAGUUACAGAGUUGAUAGAGUUUACCAGAAAAAUAAAUAAACCAAAAGUACUAAAAAAUAAAAAUACCUAAAAAUGGCCCUCUGCUAGAUGGGUUUACUGUGCGCCAAGCUGCGCGACUGCUGCUGUUUCCCAUCCUUCAGCUGUUGCGGGACCUCCUCGCCGCCCGCGGAGGAGUUCCAGCUGCUGAUCCUUGGACCCUCGGGCAGUGGCAAAACGGAGCUGGGCCAUCGCCUGUCCAGGGUUCCCAGGGCCCCGGAUGACCAGGAGGCGACGAAUGGAGUGCGUUGCUAUGAGCUCGCCGCGGAGGAGCUCCCUGCCAGACUCCAGCUCACCGAAGUCGGCGGCAAUCCGGAGAUGCAGCGCCUCUGGAAGCACUACCAUGCCUCCUCGCAUGCCCUGAUUUACUGCUUUGAUCUCGGCUCGGAUCCGGAUGAGCUGCAGGCCUCCUUUGCCCUGCUCACCGACUGCCUUCUUGGCACUCAGCUCGCUGGCAAACCAGUGCUCCUGGUGGCCUCACGGCAUCGCGAUGGCGUCCAGCUUUAUGACGUGGAAUAUGCCUUCGCCUUGGAGGAGCUGGCCAAGUCCUGCGGAUGUCCCCUGCUCAUCUGCCACAUGGACGAUGUGGAGGACUUGCAGCGGGGAGUCCGGUGGCUGUGUCACCAGUUGUUGGCCAGAAAAUCACAGUUGGAGCAGCGCGUACGAUACGAUGUAAAUAUGCAGGUUUGGCAGCGAAGGAAGAGAUCUCUUUUAUCCAGCGGAAAAUUGGCUCAAGUGCAUCAGCAGCGGUUUCGACGACAGACCCGAAAGAUACUGCCUGCCAUCCAGGGAAUCGGCUUGAUGCGUCCCAGUACAGCACCUCCAAAUAUAUUUUUUGUGAGUUCCCAGCACGAGGAAAGUCCCAAGUUGUAGGAAAAAGUGAUCCAGAGCGCAUUUACAGUGCCAAAAACCAUUUAAGUGUUUUAGUA